GAACUCUCUACAUUAAGAUGGCGGCCGCCGUGGUGAACAACGUUGGUGUGAGUGAGGACAAACACAGCUAUGGGGAGGAAGAUGAACCGGAGAAACUGGACCAGCUAGGCGACGGGACAGCACCUGAGGAAGCCAAGAAGAAGAAAAAGAAGAAGAAGAAGAAGAAGGCAGCGGGUGGAGUGAGUUCGGUCAAUGUGCCAGAUGGUGAGGCAGAUGCGGCGGCAGCGGCGGCGCAGAAUGGCAUCACCACGGCACUCGCCAACACACACCUGGAGGGAGACGAAGAGGAGGACGAGCCAGUUAAGGCUGAGGGUGAAGGAGGUGCCAGCAAGAAGAAGAAGAAGAACAAGAAGAAGAAGAAGGGAGGAGGAGGAGGAGGAGGUGGAGGUGGAGGAGGAGGAGGGAAGGGUCCAUUGAAGCAGACUGAUCCUCCAACUAUACCCAUUGUGGAUCUCUUCCCUGAUGGCAACCUUCCCGAGGGUGAGAUUUGUGAGUACAAGCUGAAGCAGGACGGGCGCACAGCAAUGAACCGCAUGACCUCGGCGGAGAAGAAGGCACUGGAGACGUCUUAUGAGGACAUGUACAGAGAGAUCAGGAUUGGCGCAGAGGUUCACCGCACGACGCGCCAGUACUUCCAGCGUUCGGUCAAGCCAGGGAUGACAAUGUUGGAGAUCUGCAGCAUGAUAGAGGAGACAAACCGCAAGCUGAUCAAGGAGAACGGACUGGAGGCAGGGCUGGCUUUCCCUACCGGCUGUUCCCUCAACCACUGCGCUGCCCACUACACCCCUAACGCCGGCGACACCACUGUCUUGUCCUACGAUGAUGUGUGCAAGAUUGACUAUGGCGUUCAUGUUAAUGGCCGUGUGAUCGACUGUGCCUUCACCCUGACCUUUGACCCCAAGUAUGACAAGCUGGUGGAGGCAGUGAGGGCAGCCACCAACACGGGCAUUAGGGAGGCAGGGAUCGACGCCAGGCUGUGUGACAUUGGGGAGGCCAUCCAGGAGACUAUGGAGAGCUAUGAGGUGACACUGGGGGGCAAGACAUACCAGGUGAAGUGCAUCCGGAACCUCAAUGGACACUCGAUUGCGCCUUACCGCAUCCACGCAGGCAAGACCGUCCCCAUAGUGAAGGGUGGGGAGGCGGAGAUCAUGGAGGAGAAUGAAGUGUACGCCAUUGAGACCUUCGGGUCGACGGGGAGGGGCUACGUGCAUGACGACAUGGAGACCUCACACUACAUGAAGAAUUAUGAUGUGGGCCACGUGCCACUCAGGCUGACCAAAUCAAAGCACCUUCUAAACGUGAUCAACAACAACUUUGGCACCCUGGCAUUCUGUCGGCGCUGGCUGGACCGUUUGGGGGAGAGCAAGUAUCUCAUGGCUCUCAAGGACUUGUGUGAGAAGGGCAUAGUGGACCCCUACCCCCCUCUGUGUGACAUCCGAGGCUGCUACACCGCCCAGUUUGAACACACCAUUGUCCUGCGCCCCACUUGCAAGGAGGUGGUGACGCGUGGUGAUGACUAUUGAUGUGGAUGGUGAUGAUGGUGGUGAUAGUGGUGGUGGUGACUGGUGAGGCUCAGAAUGAUGAUUAUGGUGACUGGUGGUGAUUGGUGACUGCUGACUGCUGGUGAUGACUGGUGACUGGUGAUGGUGGUGGUGAUGAUAGUGACUUGAGACUGGUGAAGAUGAUGGUGACUGGUAAGACUGAUGGUGGUGA